ACACACACACACACACACACACACCUAUACACAUACACAUACACACACACACAUACACACACGCACACAUACACACAUUAAUCGGCAUCCUCAACACAGACUGAGACGCCCUUGGACUGCUGCAGGCGAGGAUGAGGGUGUGGUCAUGGGAACAGUGUGGGGAGACAGGCGUGGUUCUGCUGGGCUUCCUGACGCUGACGAUGUGUUUGGGAAACCUGUCCACCAGGGGGCUGCAGGAGGACGGAGUGGCCUCCAACAGUCUGGAGGAGCAGCUCGAGGUGACCACGUACUGGUGGGGGGAAUGGGCCAAGUGGACAGCGUGCACUCGUACCUGUGGAGGAGGAGUGAUGUCACAGGAGCGUCACUGCCUCAAACAGAGAAAGAAAGCUGCUGCUGGGAAGGACAACAUGACCUGUACGGGAACUGCUAAGAAAUAUCAUCUCUGCAACACCAAAGAAUGUCCUCCCACUGGGAGGAGCUUCAGAGAGGAGCAAUGUUGGUCCUUUAACUCACAACGUUAUAAUGGGAGGAACUAUCAGUGGAAACCUCUAUAUCCUGAUGACUACGUUCAUAUCUCCAGCAAUCCCUGUGACCUCCACUGCACCACGACCGACGGCCAGAGGCAGCUGAUGGUAAUGGCACGAGACGGCACGUCCUGCAAGUACAGCAGCUACCGCGGCGUCUGCGUGGACGGUAAGUGUGAGCCAAUUGGAUGCGAUGGGGUGCUAUUCUCCUCCAACACUUUGGAUAAGUGUGGUGUCUGUCAGGGUGACGGCAGCAGCUGCAGCCGAGUCACGGGAAACUUCCGUCGAGGACCCUCGACUCUGGGUUACUCUUUUAUAACUCAAAUCCCUGAAGGCUCCUGGGACAUACAGAUCAUCGAGAGGAAGAAAUUGGCUGAUGUUCUCGCUGUGACUGAUCAGGCAGGAAACUUCUUCUUUAACGGUGACUACAAGGUGGACAGCCCACAGAAUUUCCAUGCAGCAGGCACCGUCUUUAAAUACCGCCGACCUAUGGACGUGUAUGAGACUGGUAUCGAGUACAUUGUUGCCAAAGGCCCCAUUGACCAACCCAUCAAUAUUCUGGUGUGGAACCAAAAUGGCCGCACACCUUACAUCACCUACGAAUACACAGUCCUCCGAGACUCCCUGCCACCCGUUCCUCCUCCUCCUGUCUACACCGGGUCAGACACCUCAGCUGGAGAGGUGUCUGUAGAAGUGAGCGGUCUACUGACCCCCAAUGGCAGCGUCUGUGACCAGGUGGCUCCUGGGGGCCAGGUGGAGACAGAAGGUACAGAUGGGCAGAAGGGCAAAGAGACCAACGAGGUGUAUGAGGAGACAGCAGCCAUCGACUGUGAAGAUGGAGUACCUGCCCCAAAGUUUACAGGUAACAGCAGCCAAAUAGACAGCACUGCCAAACCUGUUACUGAUGGUGGGGGCCUGGAUACACCACCCGAUUCCCCAAACCUCAUCUGGAGGGUCCUGAUGGACGGCCGAAUUGGUGCAGAUGAGUUACUUAUCAACAUUUCGACCAACCAGCUGCUGACCGAGGGAGACAGUUUGUUCUCUUCUGAGGUGGGACCAGCAGAAGUGGGCCUGAGCAGCCUGGAGCGAGAUGAUCUAAACGAUACACUCGAGUUUACUCUGGGCCAGAAACGCAACGACAGCGGAGACAGCCAGAACAGGACGGUGCCGAGCGGCGGGAGGACUUCCAACCGCUCCAACAGAACCAGGGGGAAUCAGCGGCUCUACCAGAAGAACCUGAAGCUGAGUCCUGCUGACUUGUACCGCUGGAAACUUUCAUCACAGGAGCCGUGCAGCAUGACCUGCUCCAUAGGUUUCCAGUUUCGUCAGGUGCGCUGCUGGAAGAUGCUCUCGCCGGGUUUGGACAGCUCGGUCUACAGUGACCUCUGCACCAUGGCUGACCUGGAGAGACCCGUGGAGAGAAGACCCUGCAAGAGCCCCGCGUGCGGCCCACAGUGGGAGGUGGCCGAGUGGAUGGAGUGUCCUGCUAAAUGUGGCCGCAAAGCUCAGGUAACCCGCGAUGUGCGCUGCUCCGAUGAGACCAGACCAUGUGACCCGUUGACCAAACCACCGAACGUCAAAAAUUGCACCGGUCCUCCCUGCGAACGCCACUGGACCGUGUCCGAGUGGGGACCCUGCAACACAACCUGUGGUCGUGGUGUGAAACGGAGGAUCGUUCAAUGCGUCGGCAUCAGCGGAGGAAAGUUCCAGAUCUUCGACGAGGAGGCAUGUGUGGGGAACGAGAAGCCUGAAGAAGAGAACACCUGCUUCGAGAGGCCAUGCUUCAAAUGGUACACCACCCCCUGGUCUGAGGUUGCCCUGUUAUGGUUCAUUAUGAUCAUUCCAGUCAGCUGA